UAGUUAUUAGUUAUAGUCAUAGUUAUAAUACAAUUAAAAUUUUAGCUACAUUUAUAGAAACAUGGUGCAUAAAUGUUGUGUGCCCAAUUGCACAUCAAAUAAAAAUAUUCCAAGGCACCAAUUUCCAAAAGAUGUGCAACGAACAGAAAUAUGGCUUGCAGCAAUAAAAAGAACAGACCUGAUUGGUGUACAAAGGGAAAUAUUAGAUAAGUUAAGAAUUUGCACUAUUCAUUUUUCAGAUGAUAGUAUUUAUAAUUAUACUCAAAGACGAAUUUUAAAAAGUAACGCUAUUCCAUCAUUAUAUUUACCGAGUGAAAUAAAUGACGAUACUGAAGAACGUAGAAUUAUAAUUAAUUAUGAUGCGGUUGUGCAUAAAUUAUGUGCUUUGCAUCACAUUUUUUAA